UUAAACAACAUCUCCUCAUAAACCACAAAGCCAAUUUCAUCCAAACUUUACAGGAAUGUUCCUUUUGUAGUCAACUUUAAAAAUUGUUCAAAGAAUUUAAUUCCAAGCAGAACUCUGGUUGCAAUGGCAACCAAAAAAACAAACUUAAAAUAUCUUCUUUUAGAAAACCGAAAGACUAGAGCUUAAAUUAUUUUGCAUGAAACAUCAUCUAGUCAGUGUCUCCCAAGUUUGUUAAGAUAAUUGCCCUGGGGUCAAAAUUGGCCCCGCCCCAGGGGGUCAUUAAUUUUCCUUAUUUACAUAAAGUAAAAACUUAAAAAAUCUUCUUUUAAAAAACCCAAAUAGCUAGAGUUUAGAUAUUAAGCAUGAAACAUCUUCUAGCGGGUGUCUACAAAGUUUGUUCAAAUAAAAGCUCUGGGGUAAAAAUUGGCCCUGCCAUAGGGGGUCAUUGAUUUUCCUUAUUUGUAUAUACAUGUAGUUAAAACUUAAAAAAAUUUUUUUUUAAAAACCCAAAGAGCUAGAGUUAAGAUACUAAGCAUGAAAAUUUAAUAUCUUCUAGUGAGUGUCUUCCAUGUUUGUUCAAAUAAAAGCCCUGGGGUCAACUUUGGCCCCUCCCAGGUGUGGUCAUUGUUUUUCCCUAUAUGUAUAUAGUGAAAACUUAAAAAAUCUUCUUAUAAAAACCCCAAAGAGCUAGAGCUUAGAUAUUUAUCAUGAAACAUCUUCUAUUGGGUGUCUACCAAGUUUGUUCAAAUAAAAACCACUGGUUUAAAAUUGGCCUUGGUCCAGGGGCCUAUAUACAGGUGAGCGAUUUCAGGGCCAUCAUGGCCCUCUUGUUAAAAAUUAUUUCUUGGGAUUUGUAUUUUUUUUUUAACUGCAUCAUUCUGUUGUUCUGUUUCAAAAUCGAAGAUUUCAUAUAACUUUCAAUCCGAAAUUUUGAAAAAGAAAUAAUUUCAGGUUUGAAUGAAAAGGAUCUUGAAGAAGAUUACCUUCUUAGUUAAAAUGAUAGCUUACUAUUCUUUUAACACAGUAUACAUCAAUGAAUUAUACCAUAUUAUAUACAACCUGAAUAUUACCUCUAUUAAUUAUUAUAUCUGUAUUACACUCAUUAAUACUGUAUAUUUAAUAACGUGUGUAUUGAGUAAUGAUUUAAAAGAGUGAUUUGAUUUUUUUUUUUAAAGAAAAAAAUUCUUGUUGGAAGAUAUUAAUCUAGUAUUGCUUUUCAUUUAUGAAGUAUAAUAGAUCUAAUAUAAAUAAUACUGAUCAUUUAGGUGAAGAUUUUCGGGAGAGAAAAUUAUCUAUGGUGUUGAAGAAACCUUCAGAGACUCGGCGAGGUCUUGACCGCCGGUCAUCAUUACAGAAUCCAUCCAGAUUUCAAGCUUUAAGAGAUGCUUUCAUAAAUUCUUCAAAGAAAGUUAUGUCCCCUACACCAGACAGUAAGAUUUUUGAUCUGCCUGGACCCGAUUCUGGUCAUGGGUCAAAGGCGAGUUCCCCUAUGCCAGACAAGGUGAUGAUUAGCAACCCCCAUAGAGCAGAACUAGGGAACAUAGUAAAUCAGUAUGAAAGUGGCGACAGAGGAACUUUACAUAAAAUAUAUUCUGAUCUGAUGGAAGACUGGCUUGUAUUCUGUAGUCAACUAGAGGCACCAUCAGUUAACAAGUUGAACCUGACUCUGAAGUCACGGUUCUCGUUAGACUAUGUAUUACAAGAGUUCCAGCACAUAGUGUCAAGAAUGAGUCAAACAAUGCACACAAAGGUUUAUAAAAUGUUACCUAAAGAAGAAGUUGACGAGGAUUCAAAUAUAGGUGUUCUCUAUGUACCAAACAGAUCUCCUUUUGAGACUGGAAGACGCAGGUCAGAGACCUCCCUGGACAAUAGCAGACCACAGACACUUACACCUGGAGUAGACAGACAUUUUGCUGCAAUAAGUCGUGACUUUGAACAGUGGUACACGUUUAUACAUCAUCCAUAUGAUGAGGAAGAUAAUCCUGAACAAUCCUCCAGUAUUAAAGGAAAGCAUGCUUCACAAAAAUUUGCAGCUCACAUUCCAUCGGUAACAGAAGGUAAAACAUUUGGAAUGUUCUCAGAGUCGACAUCGUUGAUUCCACGUCAGAGAUUCUUACUUCUCUCGUUGAAAAACAAAGAGAUAUGGCUGUAUGCUUACAACUUGACAAAUGAGGCAUUCUCAACUUUAUCUAAGCACAUGAUAAAAUUAGUACAAUGGAACAAUUGUCGGACACACCUGUUAUCUAAUGUUGUUACACAGAAAUGUGGUCUGUUUAAUCACUACAUGUAUGGUAAUGCUGCGUGCAAUAUGGAGAAAAUGAGUCAGCAGACCGACUCCAUUGAUCAGCUGAUCAACUGUCCAGCCCCGCCCCCACCAAAUAAGGAGAAGUUAAAUCGUACACAGAGUUCGUCUUCUGUCAGGGAGACAUACCUUCCUUUUGAUGUUACAUUUAAAGACUUGUACCCGAACAAGCCACUCCAUGUGUCAUACUUGGCUUGCCAUACUGAUUACGUGAAACAAUAUGGCCAACAAGCCCAUGACAUCAGACUUGAUCACAAAAGACAAUUUGACAAGAUCCACAAUAUUAGCAGGUUGUAUGUCAUGUGGGUACAGAAAAUGUCACCUAAUUAUCCAAUAUCUGAAUCUAUUAUGAAGCAAUUAAAGCAGGCUUCUAGACUGUUUCAUUACUGUGCCACACCAUUACUAUUUAGUGCUAAAUGGCGUUAAAAAUGUCCUUGAAAAAUACAAGGUCACUCAGCAAGACAACCC